AACGCUAUUAAACAAGAGGGAAGUAAGUACCAGGAAAAUACACAACAGUGCAUUCCUGAUCUUUCCUCUCGAUGUGGGCCACAUACGUAGCAUCAGCAGGGAUUAUCUGCACGCUGACCAGACGGAAGGUCUUUGUUGCUGUGACGUGCUAUCGGGACUUCAGUCAUGGUGAGGGGGGGUUUUUUGGUUCCAGGGUGAGAGGCUGCGAGCUGAACGGCCAGUUCACAGGAGCUGGAGCUGGUUGAUGCCACGUUUCUAGAAGCCAAGACUCUCUCAUCACCCAAUUGACGGCAAGUCGAAAUACCAAAAUAUGUACCAUGCACAGAGGGAAGGGAGCCAAAGGGACAAAGCUGACCCUCAAGAUCGCCAAAAAGGCAAUAAGGUUGUCCCCGGAUGGACGGCGCAGACUCACGCUUAGCAACAUGGGUAUAACCAUCUUCCCCAAGUGUCUCCUAAAGCUGAAGAACGUGGACGAGUUGGACCUCAGUCGCAACCUGAUACAGAAACUCCCAGAUAACAUCGGGAGCUUCUCGUCACUGAGGGGAUUGGAUCUACACAGCAACAAACUGGAGUCUGUGCCCGAGUCCAUCGGCAACCUGGUGGGACUGACCCACCUCAACCUUUCAAACAACCGCCUGAUCUCCGCGGGAUUACCGUCCACGUUAGGUUCUCUCACCAGCCUGAAGAGUCUCAAUCUGGGAAUGAACCAGCUAGACAACCUUCCUCCCACAAUGAAGGCCUUAGAUUGUCUGCAGGAAUUGGGUCUGUUUGAUAAUCUCUUUAUCAAUCAACCAGAGUUUUUGAAAGUGCUAAGCAACCUAACAAAGUUGAACAUGAAGAACAAUCCUCUAUCGCAUGUUCAGGGGGUUGGUGAGAGGGUGGAGAACGAAAAAGCUCAAGCAGAGGAAGACGUGUUUCUGGUCCAUGAGAGCAGCCUGUGUAGGACAUGCCUUAGGAGAUGCCAGGAGCAUGGGGAAGGGCUAACUGGAGGAAGAGGGGACGUGUUCGAGGAGAUAAGGGUGAGGACUUAUCGCGGACUGAUGGUACCAAACUCAGUGGCAGCGGUCGAUCAGGACGUGUGGCGAAUAAGAAAGGCGGAAUGCGAGCCGGUCGGAUGAGCGAACAGCGUCACACACUAGAGUACAACUGAAAUGAAUGUCACUUUUAUGCAGCUCUAAAAGCUAGUAUUUGCAUAGUGUACCCACACAAGUGCCACACAACCAAUGUGUUAUGUACACACAGUUUUAAUUGAUAAAAUAAAACGAGUGACUGCA